UCCUUGCACGGAUGGGGAAUUUGACAGUUCGCCGCGCGACUCCCUUAACUUCGGCCGGGAACUGAAAGAGAAGCCCGAGCUGAAAAUAAAAACAAUAAAAAGUAGGAAAAUAAUUCGAGGUGGCGAUUUAGUGUCUUUUUUUAUAAUGACGACUGUGCAAAAUAAACAAAAAGGAUAACUCUAUUUUAAUUAUAGAUGGUGCAAUCCUUAGAGCGAUUUUAUGUGGGAAUUGUGGGUGUUAUUUGAUAGACAAUAUUGUGAGAAUUGUACUUGCCUUUUAGUUAGCGUGCCCUAAUUGUACAUACAUCCGUAGUUAAAUAAAACCUUUUAGAUACGUCAUCUGUGCAAUUAUUUACUCAUUUGUGCGUCCUGGGCGUAUACGUCAUAGAAUGAACAAUAGCGACCCAUUUCUGUCGGAUUGUAAUAGAGUCCCUGGUGGUAUGUGAAGUAGUGGCUCGUUUUUACAUAAGCCGCUCAAGAAGAAAUGAGAAAAACACCUGAGUCCCAGGACCCUUGGAUUUCGUUACCGUGUUCUGCCUCGUGACAGUCCGGAGAAGAAUGGAAAAUACACCCACAUCACAACAAUGGCCCACAUAAAACUGGACACCCUCGAUGUGGUGCAACGUCCCGGUACAACCCGCCGGAGCAACUCCAACAGCGGCCGGAGUAGCGCCUGUAGCUCUGGCAGCUUGUCGCCAGUGCCCAUAAUUCCGAUCAUUGCAAUUAGUCGGGAUACUGACGAUUCCGAGUCUGAGUCAGAGGUCGAGGCAAAGCCAACGCGAUACUUUCAACGCCGUUUGUCCUUCAAACGCACAAAAACCCCGGCUACUACUAUAAAGGAAGGAUUCCUGCUUAAGCACACAUGGUCCUUUCAGCGCUGGCGUCGCCGCUACUUUCGACUGAAGCGAAAUGUCUUAUUCCAUGCCAAGGAUGAAAAGUGCGAUGUUCUCGAUGAAAUUGAUCUGUCUGACUUGUGCUAUUUUGAGUGCGGCAUCAAGAACGUAAAUCAUAGUUUCCAGAUAAUCACACCUACAAGAUCCUUGGUUCUUUGCGCCGAAUCCCGCCGAGAAAUGGAGGAUUGGCUCGGCAGCCUCAAGACGGCGACGACGCCGCAGCGACCGCGCGGUGACAGCUUCCUUAUCGAACAACACGACAUCCUGUCGAACCACCACCACUGGUACGCCACCUCCCACGCCCGACCCACCUACUGCAACGUAUGCCGCGAUGCGCUUUCCGGAGUGACCUCCCACGGACUCAGCUGCGAAGUCUGCAAGUGCAAGGUCCACAAACGAUGCGCUGCCAAGUCCAUCGCCAACUGCAAAUGGACGACGCUGGCGAGUGUGGGGAAGGACAUCAUCGAGCAGGCGGACGGGAUCAUCAUGCCGCAUCAGUGGAUGGAGGGCAACCUACCCGUCUCGUCCGUCUGUGCCGUUUGCAAAAAGACCUGCGGAUCGGUCCUGCGCCUCCAGGAUUGGCGGUGUCUUUGGUGCCGGGCAACUGUACAUGUGGCAUGCCGUCCGCAGAUGGCGGUAGCAUGUCCGAUUGGACCCGCUAAGCUCUCAGUGGUGCCUCCGACGAGUGUCCACUCCAUCAGCACCGACGAUGCCUGGGACGUUGCCAGCCCGAAGGGGAAUUUCUCCCCACUCCUAGUUUUUGUCAACUCGAAGUCUGGCGACAAUCAGGGCGUCAAGUUCCUGCGCCGCUUCAAGCAGCUACUCAAUCCGGCCCAGGUCUUUGAUCUCAUCUCUACGGGCCCGAGCCUGGGCUUGAGACUAUUCAGACACUUUGAGAUGUUUCGCAUCCUGGUGUGCUCAGGAGAUGGAUCAGUGGGCUGGGUGCUUAGUGAGAUCGAUCGCUUCAACAUGCAUAAACAAUGCCAGGUGGCGGUGAUGCCUUUGGGAACUGGAAAUGACCUGGCGCGAGUCUUAGGCUGGGGCUCCAGCUGCGACGAUGACACCCAUCUCCCACAGAUCCUGGAGAGGUACGAGUCGGCCAGCACAAAGAUGCUCGAUCGCUGGAGCAUCAUGGUCUUUGAAAAGGCCAUAGCCGUGCCUAAGACACCAAAGAUGUCCAUCACCACCGAGCAGGAGGCGCUUCUCACUGGCAUGGUGACUUCAGCCAACCAUCACUUGCGCUUCAUAGUGGAAACGAACGAUACGCAGACGCUGAUCAGCUCCACCCAGAGUCUGUGUGAUACGAUUGACGACUUGGUGGGACGCAUCUCGGAGCAUCAUAGGGAAGACGAACAACUGGCCGUGAAGUGCGAUAUCCUCAGGCAGAAGCUAAAUAUGCUGCUGGAUGCCCUGCAGGAGGAAGAGAUGGGCGCCCACAGUGGAGACGACUUGAUAGCCACCAUUAGAAGUCUCAUUGCCAGGAGUAUUCCUCAGACACCUGGAACGAGUGCGCCGCUGCUCAACCCAAGUAUAUCCAUUGAGAAAAAUGAAAAGGACGAGAUCAAUACAAAAGAACGCCGAAGCAGUCGCUCCCUUCGCUCCAGCGAAAAGGAGGCUUUGCAGUCCCGGGCCAAUAGCGUGAAGAGAGCCAUUUAUAAUGUAGUAGAGCACUCCGAACCGGGACGGCCCAAACGCUAUCAGCGCAAGCUCUCGAUCACACCCUUCGAGGCGCUGAAGCUGCCCACCACCACCGCCUCGGGAGACUCGACACCCUGCAGCUCCCCCCUACCGAUUAUUCCGCCGAUUAAUAUUAUAUCCCCGACGAUGGAGACGUCGCGACUCACCUGUAUUUCCCCGCUGCCGGAUACGCGGCGCGAUUCCGUAGAUGAGAGCUUCUUUAACAGCAUUAGUCUGCCGGCACCACGGCAAUUCGCCGACAGCCGUCGGAGCUCCGGGGUGGAUGUCAUCCAGGAAAUCGAGGAAGGCGCCAACGGGGAAACGGUCUACCGCAUCGGCCGCAUGUCCCUCUCCGGAGGGGCCAACAUCGAUGAUGCUGGUAAUCUCCUUCCAACAACCGUUGAAUCUCCCGCCGACCGCAAGGUGGACUUCCUGCGGGUACCCAUACUCACGGGAGAGCCGAUAGUGGACCCACUCUCCGACUACCGACCUAUCGAGGUGUUUGAACGCACCUACUACAUGAACCGAGAACUCGACAGGGGAAAGGAAGGGACUGAAGAGAAGAAGGGGGACAUCGAAAAGGAGAAGUCCUCCGGCACGGAUGUGGAGAAGGAGGACAAUAUGCCCACCGAGAAGCAAGCACUGGUACAUAUUUGUAACCUGCAGGUACCCGGCAUUGUCGUUACCCCCAACUCCCAAAAUGUUUACACAAGCGCCAGUCUAACAAUCAUUGACACCGAUGCACAGACCACUAAUGAGCAGUCGUCCUCCGAAGAAAUAGCAGGUGAGGCCAGCGACGUGCUUUCGGCGAUUAGCAAUGAGGAGUGCAGCGUGGCCUCCGAAAUUUUCGACAAGCAGGAUGCUGGUCAUACACUGGGCGAUAUUAUUCAGAGUCUCGAUGCCAGCAAUUUUACGCACAUCGACUCCCCGGAGACCAGCGACGAGACGGAGGCCAUGCCCGGUGAGAGUAUUAUGGACGACAUCAGCUCAGUCCUGGGCCACGACAUAACCUACGCCCUGCAGGACAACACCCUGACCGACGACACCACUACGCUUUGCUCGGAGCAUGUCGGACCACCGAAGCCGCCACGCAAGAAGUCCCUGAGCGCCCUGACCCGCGGCCACUCGCAUCCGCGUAGGCGCAACUCCUCGCCGCCGCGAAUACCGCGUCUGGCGCGAAUGGACAGCGACGACAAUCCGCAGCAGUUUGGCUUCGAGAACAUAGUGUUUGAGAUCGACAAUCGGUGCGACGACCAGAAGAUGCGAGAGCCGCCGCGAUACUGCAGCCUCGCCCAGUUCGUGGAAGGUAACGAUAUAGCGCGUCAGAGCUUCAAGCAGCUGAUGCUAGAUCAGCAGAAGCAACAGAACGAUUCAUUGCAACAACGAGGAAGCAACGACAACGACCUCGUCGAAGUGGAAGUGGAAGCCGAGGCCCAACAAACGCCAACGAAUACCAUGACAAAUCUAAUGGCAACCACCAGCGAAGAUGAGCUGUCCACGCAGACGGCCAUCAAAAUAGAAAUACAAGACGUUGAUGCCACAAUGCGCAACACGACAAUCAACUCCAUCGCCGGCAACAUGAAGGCCAAUACGAUUCUGACCACGUCGACCUCGCCCACUAAGAAAUCGGGCCAUGGACAAGAUGUAAAGCGCAUAACUUUUGAUGAGUCGUGUAAGAAAGAAUCCUUUGAUGAUGUAAAUCCCAACUAUCCACAGAUAAGUGUUGUUGUGCGCCCGCCGACGCCUUUGCGCGGCGAUUCAGUUAAGCCCUCGGGAUCUUUGCUGUUGGACGGCUCCGGUGGAGCUAUAUCCAUGGCGAUGGGAUGCUCCAGUUUACUGGGGGUAAGGGCGAUGAACGCUGAGAUUCGGCGCCACUCAAGCCAUGCUCCCGGAUUGGCUGUCCGCGAGAUCGACAAAGACAAGGACCGUCGACACUCCGGCUUCAAUCCCAACCUGCUGACUCUGGAUCCGGAGCACGCACGCUUUCUUAGCAGCUCUCCGGCAGCCAGCCGCAGGAUAAGCUGCGGUAGUCUCUUCAAGAAGAAAAACCAAAAGAUCGCUACAAAGCGCGGCUAUGGAUUGUUCAGUGUUCGGUUCCUUGUGGUGGCUGAGCCCGAUAUUCGCCUGGCCACGUUGGCGCUUAUCAGGCCGCUGAUUCCUUUGCCGAACGAAGCCCUGCCGAAUCUCCAGACUUUGAAGGGCUCCAAGUCGAGCCUGUUCAUGGGCUCCACCCUCUUUGGCUUCGAUCAGUUUGCAGCCGGGGACAAGGAAAAGGACGAAAAGGGCUGCAAGGACAAAGAGAAGACACCCACCGAAGAGACGGGCCGGAAAUUGCCCAUUAUCAAUCCUUUGGUGCGAUUACCCAACUGGCCAAACCUUGCCAAUGGCGGUGGCUUUAUAUCCAAGUGUCUGCUCGCCAAUGCUGAUACCCUUUGCGCAGCGGUCAGCCCGCUGAUGGAUCCUGACGAGACACUCCUGGCUGGCUACCAUGAAAAGUGCGUAAUGAACAACUAUUUCGGCAUCGGAAUCGAUGCGAAGAUCUCACUGGACUUCCACAACAAACGCGAGGAGCAUCCUGAGAAGUGCCGGUCCAGGGCGCGCAACUACAUGUGGUACGGAGUUCUGGGAUCCAAGCAGCUGCUACAGAAAACCUGCAAGAACCUCGAACAGCGCGUCCAGCUGGAGUGUGACGGUCAGCGCAUUCCGCUUCCAGAACUCCAAGGAAUCGUGAUCCUGAAUAUACCCAGUUUCAUGGGCGGCACUAACUUUUGGGGCAGUAGCAAGAAAGACGACAUUUUCCUGCCCCCCAGCUUCGAUGAUCGAGUCCUCGAAGUGGUGGCUGUUUUUGGAUCGGUUCAAAUGGCUGCUUCCCGGCUGAUCAACUUGCAACAUCAUCGGAUCGCACAGUGCCAGAGCGUUCAGAUCAAUAUCCUGGGCGACGAAGAGAUACCCAUCCAGGUGGACGGCGAGGCCUGGCUACAGCCCCCCGGAAUGAUCCGAAUCCUGCACAAGAACCGUGUACAAAUGCUGUGCCGCAACCGGAGCUUGGAACUCUCACUGAAGAGCUGGCAGGAGAAACAGCGCCAGCAUAGCAUCUCCAUCCAACGGGAUACCUCUUCCACCACCUCCGAGCAUGCCACCUCCACCGACGAGGUCAUUUCCGAGCGAGAGUGCUAUGUGCUCCUCAACUUCAUUGAGGCAGUCAGCUCACUGGUGAAAUGGGUCAAGUUCUUGAUUAUCUCGCACCCGGCCUUGCAGCAUGAUCUAUACGCAGUGGCCUGCCGCGCCAGCGAAGCUCUGGAAAGCAUCCACCCCCAGGGCAAAUUGUUAGAAGGACCCUCACUGCGCACCAAGCUAGUGGAGGUCAUCGACUCCUCGCGACAAUUGUACGACGACGCCUGCACUUUGCUCCGCGAUCGGGGCCACAGUCUGAUCCUGCGGGAGGACUUGGAGACCAAGCUGAGUGCGGCCCUGGCCAAUAUGGAGAUGGAGUUGAAGAAGUGCUCUGUCCAGAAGUGCAUAGACGGAAAGUUGCGAGCCUACUUUAAUGUCCUGGCUCCCAAUGAGGAGCCCGAUGCUCGUCGAAAAUCAAGACCCUUCUGGGUACGCUUACGAUCAGGAUCCACAGCCGGCCAGCAGGCAUUUAAGCCUCCUCUUACUAACACUCGCGAGGCGGCCAACAACUGGAGUGUCAACGAGGUAGUCACCUGGCUGGAGACAAUGCAGCUCUCCGAAUACGUGGACAGUUUCUUGAAGAACGACAUCCGGGGCAAGGAGCUAAUAACCCUGGGCAGGCGCGACCUGAAGGACCUAGGUGUAGUUAAGGUGGGACACGUGAAGCGCAUCCUGCAGGCUAUUAAGGAUCUUAGCGAGAAUUAGGACUCAGUGAGGUAUUGGCAACAUAGUACAAAAUACAGUCUUCGAACAGAGCUCUUAGAGUUUAAAGAGGGAAAUAAGUUGUAAAGUUGCAAUCAAGCUGGGGAGAGGAUAUUUUUAUGGGAAAAACUGCACACAACAAUCAUUAACUUAUAGGCUA